AUGCUGAAAAAUAGUGUUCUUACGGCUUUGAAAUCUUCGCAAACAGUUUCGACUUUCCGCACAAUCGCCAACAUUCCUGCACAUGAGCAUCACAUCAGAUUCGAUAUGAAGGUUGGAAGAAAGAGGCCAUGCUCAGACGCUCUCGACAGGUUUUUUGGAGAAGAAUUCUUUGAGUCAAUAAUUUUUUUUCUUUUGUAGAUUCAAACGAUUGAAUAACGGAAUGUGGAUCCGUGCUCAUCCUGGCAGAAAUAAAUUGCGUUAUAUGAAAGAUGAUGUUUGGCAGAGAACAAGUACUUAUUUCGAAACUUGCACUCAGGUUUUUCGCACUGUUUUUUUUAAACUGCAUUUUUUUUUAGGAAGAGUGCAGGAUAUUGGAUAAACUAACGACGCCGUAUUGGCUGCGGCCCAAGCAUUAUCCGAAUGAUCCAUAUCAAGCAUACCAUGUUCGCCACGGUUUUCUUCAGACCCAUGUGUUUUUUUUUUCAAGACUUUUUUUUUAGAUUUAUCGUCGCCUCGUGUGGAUGACCGCAAUCAGCUUGUUAGGGAGCGAAAGAAGGUAUGUUGAUUAUUCGAAUCUCUUGAAAAAAAAAAGCUUGGAGGAAAAUGGAGAAUGGAAUCUUUGAUGGAUUCAUUUUCAGGUGCUCUUGGAUGACACUACUUCACAGAGACACUUUCGGGAUUGUUGA